AUGGCACGCCCCUUACACGGACUGCUUCGCCCACUGCUCCUCCCCGUCUGCUUCCUCCUCCUACUUCAGGUCUCCGAGUGCUCUAGACCAUCGCCAUCGCCGGCAGAUCACCUGGACAACGGCGACGCGCUGCACCACCAGCUGCUGCUGCUCGAUGACGAGGCGCGCACCGCCUGGCCGCCCACCCGCACGGAGGUGGCGGGAGACGGGAGGACCGGCGCCGCCGCCGCGGCAACCUCGUCCGCGCCGGCGACGACGCCUGCGCGAGCCGUGGGUGCCGUCAUCGCUUCUUCGCGGCCGCGGCAGACGAGCGACCGAGCGCUGGUGCGAGCGGGGAUGCUGCUGCGCUCCAAGCCAGCGCGGCGGUUUCUGGCAGGGGCAGGCCUGGAUGGGGCGUCGUGCCACUCCUACAACCCGCACAUAAACUGCCCACCGGCGGGAAAGCCCUAG